UCUGUAAUGGCAUUUGACUGAUAUAUGGCCAUCCACAACCCUCUGAGAUACAGCACAACCUUAACCAGCUCCCGAGUCAUCAAAACAGGGGUCUUACUGACAUCCAAAAACAUUAUCUUGAUUCUUCCACUACCCUUUCUGCUGCAACGGCUGACAUACUGUCAUCAAAACCUGCUCUCACACUCCUGCUGUCUCCACCAGGAUGUCAUGAAGCUGGCCUGCUCUGACAACAGAGUUAACAUUGUCUAUGGACUCUUUGCUGCCCUUUCUACUAUUCUGGAUUUGUUGUUUAUUACUUUCUCCUACAUAAUAAUCUUAAAGACAGUACUGGGCAUUGCAACCCCCAAAGAGCAGCUUAAGGCCCUCAACACCUGCAUCUCUCAUAUCUGUGCUGUGCUCAUCUUCUAUGUGCCCAUGCUAAGUGCAGCCAUGCUCCACCGUUUUGCCAGGGGUGUGUCUCCUAUGAUCCAUAUUCUCAUGGCUGAUGUGUUCCUACUGGUGCCACCCCUGAUGAAUCCCAUCGUGUACUGUGUGAAGACCCAUCAAAUCCAAGAAAAGAUUAUGGGGAAACUUUGUCCAAAAAGAAGUUGA